CCCCCACGGUGAAAAGUGAUCUGAGUCCAGGCGCAGCUUCUCGCCAACACAAAGGCCCGUGGCUCCCUCAUCGAAGACCACUCAUGGUUGCAAUCAUGUCGCAAGCAAGGCUUGGCUGGAUCGGGCUUGGGACGAUGGGCCUCGCGAUGGCCUCGCACCUUCAGCGGCACCUCAACGACGUGUCUGGGGAGCCGCUUUGCUGCUGGAACCGGACACCGGAGAAAGGCGCGCCGGUCGUCAAGCUGGGCGCUCGGAUGGUGUCAAAUGUAGAGGAGGUGGCUAAGCAGUGCGACGUUAUCUUUCACUGCCUUUCUGACGAUGCCGCCGUCAAAAGCAGCUUGACAAGGAUAUUGGCUGCUCUAAGAGAGAAAGAAGGGCAAAAGAAGAAGAAGCAGAAGACGGUCCUGGUGGAGCUAUCAACGGUUCACCCUGACACAAUCGCGUGGCUUGCAGACGAGGUGAGCCGAGACAACAUCGCAGGCAUCGUGUCGUCACCCGUAAUGGGCUCUGCAUCCGCUGCAGAAAAGGGCCAGCUGCUGGCGCUCGUCUCGAGCACGGAUGCGUGUUCGGCCGACAUAGUCAAGCCAUACCUCGAGGGCAUCGUGGCGCAGCGGGCUCUGUUCUUGGGCUGCGACGUCUGCAAGGCCUCGCAGCUCAAGCUGGUUGCCAACAGCCUCCUGCUCGGCAUCACCGAGGCCGUGUCGGCAGCGCAUGUCAUGGCGCAGAAGGUGGGCGUCGGCAGUGGUGCCCUGCACAGCCUCAUCGAGGGCAUGUUUACGCCCGCUUCGGCUCUCUACAACUACUCGGAUCGCAUCGUCUCGGGCGCAUACAAGCAACCAGUCGACGGAACGCCGAGCUUCCGCGUCGAGCUGGCCAUCAAGGACGGCAAGCACGCUCUUGCCCUCGCCAACGGAGUUGGCAUGGAUCAUCAGGCCCUGAAGCUGGCUCUGUCACACCUCGAAGAAGCGCGCAUGGCCGUUCCCCUGAGUGAGGGCCAGCUCGACAGCACUGCCAUGGCCGGCGCCAUCCGCGUCCGCUCUGGGCUCACUUUCAAAGACGAGUAGCGCUGCAUCCUUGCAUGUAAUUAUCUGUAUCUCCAACGUGUG